CUGAUGGGGAGUCACGGCAGGCAGCGGCCUAAAAAUAUCACGUGAAACACAAAGAGAGAAAGGUUAGCAGGUGUCUUUAUGCCGAUUGGGAAGGAAGACAAGUCCUGCUUGGAAACGGAUCAGAUAUUUUGGACAACUAUAUGACAAGUGAAUCAUGUCCUCCGGUACAGUAAAAACAAGAGGAAAGAACCCCUACACAGCUUUUCAAGUGGACCCAAACAGUGAUUACAUCACACCCGGUACCCUAGAUCUGGAGCAGCUUUUCUGGACCGGCACAAGCGUUCAAUAUGCACACUUCAAUCAAGUCUGGCCCAAUGUCUUCAUUGGGGAUGAAAAGACGGCUCUGGAGCGACCUGGUCUGAAGAAAUUGGGUAUCACGCAUGUGUUGAAUGCUGCAGAGGGGAAGUACAACAAUGUGCUGACUGGCGCAGAGUACUACACAGACAUGAACAUCCAAUAUUUUGGAGUGGAGGCCGACGACAAACCCACGUUUGACAUCUCCCAGUUCUUCUGCCCGGCGACACAGUUCAUCAGCGAGGCACUGAGACAACCACAGAACAAGGUGCUGGUGCACUGCGUGAUGGGUCGCAGCAGGUCAGCGUCACUGGUUUUGGCCUACCUGAUGAUGGAGCAAGGCUUAACUGUGGUGGACGCCAUCGAGCAUGUGAAACAACGCCGUUGCGUCCUGCCCAACCACGGUUUCCUCAAGCAGCUCAGAGCUCUGGACAUCACAUUGCAAGAACAGAAAUUGGGACUAAAAGAGCUAAUGACAGAAGAUCAACAGUCUUAAUUGGGAUCCGAUUUCAAAAUAAUUGAAUAUAAAUAUCAUGAAUAUAAAUAAGAAGGAGCAUAUGAGGUUGAGACUUCAUUGUGAGUACUGUGAAGAAAACAAUGAAAUGUCUUGAUGCAUCUCAAGUACAUUUUAAAGUGUUAUUAGCAAGGCAAAGUAAAACAAAAACUGUUGAAGAAAAAUGGGGGGUAUCCAACACUUUAUUUUUUCAUUUUCUUUAUCCACAUGAACAUGAAAAGCUGAACAAAACCCGACUUAAAACUAAUUACAGGUAAAAACCACAACUAAAAACAAAAUAAACAUCAGGUUUAAUGAAAAAUACAAAACUAUUAUAAUCCUAAUCAAAAUGUACAUACAAUAGAAUUAGCAUUGUUGCAUAAAGUCAUAAAGUCUGUUCAAAUAGAAGGUGAGAACUUCAUGUAUCACAGCUCAUCUCCCCAACACACUUGGAAUUCUCAAUAGACUCUUCGGCAACUGACUGAGCAGGCAGUAAGAUUAGGUGUGGGUUCCUGUGUGCUUGAUUAGGCUUACCCUGUGAGAGAAUGCUUGACCACAAACUGAGCAUGAAAAAGGUUUCUCACCAGUGUGAGUUCUUGUAUGAUUUAUUAAGUUUACCUUCCUUAAAAAUCUUUUCCCACAAACUGAGCAUGAGAAAGGUUUCUCACCAGUGUGGAUUCUUGUGUGCCUUUUUAAGUAUCGAUUCAGAGAGAAUAUUUGGCCACAAACUGAGCAUGUAAAAGGUUUCUCACCAGUGUGGAUUGUUGUGUGCCUUUUUAAGUUUACCUUCACUGAAAAUCUUUUCCUACAAACUGAGCAUGAAAAUGGUUUCUCAUUAGUGUGGAUUCUUGUGUGCAAUUUUAAGUGUGUACUCCGUAUAAAUCUUUUCCCACAAACUGAGCAUGAAAAAGGUUUCUCACCAGUGUGGAUCCUUGUAUGAGAUUUCAAGUGU